GCCUAUAAAGACAAGGGGCAUAUGGCUUCAGAUGCCAGCAGGACACAAGCGGCAGUGAGGACCGGUCUCUGCUGACAAGCCCCAGCUCCAUCAACUGCUCUGCAUCAUGAAGGUCCCCACAGCUGCCCUUGCUCUCCUUCUCUGCACCAUGGCUCUUUGUGACCAAGUCUUCUCAGCUCGAUAUGAUGCUGACACCCCAACCUCCUGCUGCUUCUCCUACAGCCGGCAGAUUAACCGCAAAUUCAUUGCUGACUAUUUUGAGACCAGCACACUUUGCUCUCAGCCAGGUGUCAUUUUCAUAACCAAGAGAAACCGGCAGGUCUGCGCUGACCCCAAAGAAACCUGGGUGCAAGAAUACAUCGCUGACCUGGAGCUGAAUGCCUGAGAGGCUUGGAGGCAGUGCGGUGUCCCAAGUUGAGAACCCGACUGCAGAGCUUCAGGGACACUUCGGGGACACUUGCCUUUUGGAAAGUCACUGUCAAUUCUGUAGACGUCUUGUGGAGGAGUGGAUAAAUCGUUCAUUGAGAUAAUCUGACUUUUCCUCUGCAGGUAACUGGAUACAUUUUUCCACAUUGUGAAGUUCUGGUUUGAAAACAUUCACUCAGCCAACCCUUUGUUCUAAUAGUGUAAUCUACAUAAGUUAGUCCCCCACAACUACCCUUAUUGACAAGGUUCAUUGCCAAGAAUGGAGCCCGAGGCAGGAGGCACUGAGCACAGAGACACUAUGUCUGCUCUUACCGAUAAACAGGUCUGGGUGGCCCUGAAUUCUCUAACAUCAGACUCAGGAAGGUGGAAUCUACUGGCCUUUUGCUCUAACCCAACAAGCUACUAAUGUUCUGUAUUUAUGCUUCUUCAUGGUUUCAAUUAACACAAUAUCAUAGCCAAGGACAUUAACUGUUUAUGCCUUUACCACUAGAGAUACAGGAGAAAGGCUUGAGUCCAUAUACCAGCCUCAGAAAGAAAUCAGUUCUCACCCGGGUGUUGGCAGGCACCCUGCUGGAGCCAGAAGUCUCCAGAGAGAGAUUCCCUUUAACUCAGCCAGUUAGAUGCUGUUGAGAAUCAAACACCUUGCCUUCCUCCCAAGCCCAUGAGUAGUUGCUAUGGUUACCAAAGCCUUAUUACCAGUCACCAUGGAAGGAAGCAGAAAUGUUCAGAAAGCACAGCAGCAGUGCUGGGCUUUUCUACAAUUUUUAACCAUAAACUUCCAGCUACAUUUAAGAAAUGUAGUUAAUGCACGAAAAUGUCUUCUUAGAAUUCUGUCAUGAUUUAAAGUCCCAUUCUCAAUCAGUCCUCCCGAUAUCUGCCGGGGAGUUUCAUAGUCUGCCUCUCCCUCUGAGAUGUAAAAAGAGGCUUCCUGUAUCUCUUUCUGAGAGUCUGUGAAAGGCAUGCUUGAUACUAUUGUAACUGCCUAUCGAAUUGUUGAUUUGUCUGUAUGAUAUAUAAAAAAUGAAAGUCUUGUGGGGAAUGAUCCUUUUCCUUCCUCGCCCAAGGAAUAAAGAAACCUGCAGAAGAAA